AUGGUAGAGGAGAUGAAAAAGUAUAAGAUCAAGGUGUUGGGUAUAUGCGAAACGAGAAGAAGGGGUGUAGGAGAGAGAGUUCUUGAGGAGGGAUAUGUAAUGAGAUACUCAGGAGUAGCUGAUGGAAGGAGAGCUUGCGGUGGAGUGGCUAUUGUAAUAGAUGAAGAAACCAACACCAGAGUUAGAAGUUGGAAAGCCAUUAGCCCUAGAAUAAUAAGAGUAGAUCUAGACCUGGAAGAGAAAAUUAGCAUAAUCCAAGUAUAUGGACCAACAGAAGAUGCAAAUGUGGCCGAGAAAGAUGAAUUCUGGAUGCAGCUAGAGAGAGAAACCAUUGAAGCUGAAGAAUCAAGGAAACUUGUAGUGAUUGGUGAUUUCAAUGGAAGAAUCGGAAUGGAUGAGCAGGUGGGGAAUGGGUGUAUGGGAAAGUAUGGAUGUGAGGUGAUUAAGAAUAACAAUGGACAAAGAUUGAUUGAAUAUGCAUCUCAACACAAUUUCCUCAUAGGGAACACUUGGUUCAUUCAUAAGAGAAUCCACAAGAUUACAUUCGUUGGAGAAGGCAGAGAGGCAGAAAGCAUGAUUGAUUACAUUCUCUAUCAAGGAGAGCUUAGAUAUGCUUUUAGGGAUGUGAAGGUCAUAAGGGGAGCAGAACUGGACACUGACCACAAACUUCUGGUUGCGGACACAGGUUUUAGAGAAAGAAAGGUUUGCAGACAGAAAGCAUACAGGAGAAUAAAGCAUGAAGAGUUGAGACUUGCUGAAAAUAGAGAAAAAUAUAAAGUAGAGCUCUCAAAUCGGAUUGAAAAUUUGCAAAAUGCUGAAGAUAUGCAAAAUAAUGUUGAUUUUAUUUGGAGUGAAUUGAAAGAAGUUAUUAUGGGUGCUGCUGAGGAGGUAUGUGGCCAGAAAGUAGUAGGAAGGUUUAAGAGAAGAACUAGAUGGUGGUCAGAAGAAGUCAAGAUGAAAGUUAGAGAGAAGAAGAAAGCAUACAAGAAAUUUAUAGGCUCUAAGAGACAGGAGGAUUACAGAAUCUACGUUGAAAAACGGAAUGUUGCCAAGAGAACUGUCAAAUUAGCAAAAAUCGAAUCCUGGGAAAAUUUUGGCAGAGAUCUACAAAAUUUGCAUGGACGGGAAAAUGGGCGAGCUUUCUGGAGAACGGUGAAACAGCUGAGAGGAAAAUUUGGAAAGCAGACUAGAUCAAUAGUGGAUGAAAAUGGAAGGUUGGUGUCACAGUUGGAGGAAGUGAUGGAGAGAUGGAGAAGGUACUACGAAAAUAAGUUCCAAAGAAAUGAGAAUGAAACAGGGUUUGACCAAGAUGAGCAUCAGCAAAUGAUGGAUGAAUUGAUAGAUGGCAUAACCAAUGAGAUCACUACAAAUGAAGUGGAAGAAUCAAUAAAAAGGCUGAGGACAGGAAGGGCUGCGGGAGAGGAUGGGAUUGUGCCAGAGCUAAUAAAAUGGGGAGGAGAUCUCUUGAUAGAGAAGAUGACAAGUUUGAUCAACUUGAUAUGGCAUCAAGAAAGAGUUCCCAGUCAAUGGACCAAGAAUAUUAUCAUCCCUAUCCACAAGAAGGGCCCCACCACAGACUGUGAAAAUUAUAGAGCGGUUUGCCUCUCUCAAGUGAGCAUGAAAGUAUACACGGGUAUUCUGGAGAAACGUUUGCGCAAAGUUGUAGAGCAAGAGAUGGAGGAGGAACAGGCAGCGUUUAGGCCGGGUAGACAGGCCCAGGAGCAUGUGUCAUCGCUGAGGAAUAUAUGCUCAAAAUUUUUAGAGAGGGGAAAGCCUGUCUAUUUAGCUUUCUUAGACCUGAAGGCUGCUUUUGACUCAGUUCCACGACAGGUGAUAUGGGAAGCCUUAAAAAGAAAGAGAGUACCUGAAAAGCUGAUCAAGGCCAUCAUUAGUGUCAAUGUAGGAAUGAGAGCGAAAGUGCGAAUAUGUGGAGGAAUGUCCCAUGAAUUGGUAUGGAGAUGGGGGUAA